UGUUUUGAUUUGCAAAGAGCAUUUGCUCUUCGUUCUUUUAGCGAUGAUAUUCCAAUGAUUUUGCACCUGUAUAAGAUAUAAUGCCACUGUGAAAGAACAAUUUCCUGUUGUCUUUUUGAAUUUCUAUUUUUGGGUGUUGUGUUCACAAUAAACAAUUCUGAAGACGUAACAAUGCAGGUUAACUUUCCGCCAUAAUAUCUUUAUAUUUUUCUUCAGCCUCAACUUAUAUAACGAAUUAUUUGACAAUAGAUCUCAAUAUAUCUGAAGAUUUUUGUCAAAAUCAAACAGUGUUUAUAAGUUGCUGGUUAAAGUUACCGAUAAAGAAGAAUCAUGAGCUUUAUUUUAUUGUUUUUGUUUAUUGUUUUUUCAUUUAGCUUACAUUCCAUUUCAAGCAGCGUGGAAUCUAUUUAUUUGCAAGUAGAAGCUCCCUCUGUUCCAGAGAUUGACGAGAAGGGAAUUCGUACUGGCGAUGAUAGACUUUUGGUUACAAAUGACCCAGAACAACUAUACUAUAAUACUGAAGCUAAUCAAAUUACUUUACCUUUCCGGGAAGAAGAUACUCCUAUGGCUCGAAUACAAGCAACUGCUACUUUUACUAGCAGUGUUAGUGAUAUGAAAUCGCAAAAUUUCAGUUUUGAUGAAGAUGGAUAUUUGCUUAACAACGGUUCCUCGAGCUUUUAUGCAUGUUAUGAUCAUGGAAAAUCAUCAAACUACACAAUUGAAUUAGAAAACACUGACGAUGACUGCGUUGAGAUAAAAAUUUAUAAACGCGAUUCUUCGUCAAACAGUACUAUUCUGUCAAUCAUUGAAACAAUUUCGUCCAGCUCUACACGAUCAUUAUCCACUACUUUGUCAAGUACUACUUUAUCAUCCACUAUUUCGUCGUCUACUAGCAGCUCAUCCUCAGUAAUACCCACGGAUUCCAGCAGCUCUACAAAUGAUGAAACAAGCCUGUGGAGUAAUAGGGCAGUUAAAGUGGGUGUUUCUGAUGGGAGUUUAGUCCGAGUUCUAUAUAGUUUGUUUUUGUAGCUGUUAUUUGAGUAGCACCACACACCAACGCAAUCACUUGUGAUAACCGACGAUAUUUACACAAAGCAUUGGUCAUGAUAUCCACUUCAUUUGCUGUAAAAGCACCAAAAGAGUGAGCCAGGAUCUCAAUGGGAUUUUCCCGAACACGAAGAGCUUGGCCGGAAAAACAGCAUUGUUGGAGCUGCCAUCGGCUGC